UGCUGCAGUUGCCUUGUGCCAAGGGCAGGAUGCCCUUCUUGGCCCUCCAGCACCUCUUCCGUCACCCGGCUGCCUUCCUGAGCACCCCACGGGUAGAAUACAAGCCCAUCCAGAAGGUGAUGGUAGCCAACCGAGGGGAGAUCGCCAUCCGGGUCUUCCGAGCCUGCACGGAGCUCGGCAUCCGGACGGUGGCGGUCUAUUCGGAGCAGGACACGGGGCAGAUGCAUCGGCAGAAGGCAGACGAGGCGUAUCUGAUCGGCCGCGGCCUCCCCCCGGUUCAGGCCUAUCUGCACAUUCCAGACAUCAUCAAAGUCGCCAAGGAUAAUGAAGUGGACGCGAUCCAUCCCGGCUACGGCUUCCUCUCCGAGCGAGCUGAUUUUGCCAAGGCCUGCCUGGAUGCUGGGGUGCGCUUCAUUGGGCCCUCUCCUGAAGUGGUGCGCAAGAUGGGGGACAAGGUGGAGGCCCGCGCCAUUGCUAUCUCUGCUGGAGUGCCUGUGGUCCCCGGGACAGACGCCCCCAUCUCCUCUCUGAAUGAGGCCCAGGAGUUCUCGCAGGCGUACGGCUUCCCCAUCAUCUUCAAGGCUGCCUAUGGCGGAGGAGGACGAGGCAUGAGAGUCGUGCGCAGCUACGAGGAGCUGGAGGAGAACUACACCCGGGCGUUCUCCGAGGCCCUCUCUGCCUUUGGCAACGGUGCUCUCUUUGUGGAGAAGUUCGUGGAGAAGCCAAGGCACAUCGAAGUCCAGAUUUUGGGUGACAAGCAUGGGAAUGUGUUGCACCUGUAUGAGAGGGAUUGCUCCAUCCAGCGACGGCACCAGAAAGUGGUGGAAAUUGCCCCUGCCGCCCACCUCGACUCCCAGCUGCGCUCCAAACUCACUGCUGACGCCGUCCGCCUCGCCAAACAGGUUGGAUACGAAAAUGCUGGCACGGUGGAGUUCUUGUUGGACAGACAUGGCAAGCAUUACUUCAUUGAGGUCAAUUCCCGGCUUCAGGUUGAGCACACGGUGACAGAAGAAAUCACAGAUGUUGAUCUUGUCCAUGCCCAAAUCCACAUCGCCGAGGGGAAGAGCCUGCCAGAGCUGGGCCUGAAGCAGGAGAACGUGCGCAUCAACGGCUGUGCCAUCCAGUGUCGCGUGACGACCGAGGAUCCUGCUCGUGGGUUCCAGCCAGACACAGGCCGGAUUGAGGUCUUCCGGAGUGGCGAGGGGAUGGGCAUCCGCCUAGACAGCGCCUCUGCCUUCCAGGGAGCCAUCAUCUCCCCCCACUACGACUCGCUCCUGGUGAAGGUCAUCGCCCAUGGCAAGGACCACCCCACGGCAGCCUCCAAGAUGAGCCGGGCUCUGGCCGAGUUCCGCAUCCGUGGAGUCAAGACCAACAUCCCUUUCCUGCAGAACGUGCUCAGUAAUGAUCAGUUUCUCCAUGGCACUGUGGACACCCAGUUCAUUGAUGAAAACCCAGAUCUCUUCCAUCUGCGGCCUGGCCAGAACAGAGCUCAGAAGCUGCUCCACUACCUGGGACACGUCAUGGUCAAUGGCCCCACCACGCCCAUCCCUGUGAAAGCCCAACCUUCGCCCAUUGAUCCGUUGGUCCCUGCGGUUCCCUUAGGUCAGCCCCCCGACGGCUUCCGGGACGUCCUUCUCAGAGAGGGCCCUGCGGGCUUCGCCAAGGCCAUUCGGCAGCACCAGGGCCUGCUUUUAAUGGACACCACCUUCCGAGAUGCUCACCAGUCCCUGCUGGCCACUCGCGUUCGCACCCACGACCUGAAGAAGAUUGCCCCCUUCGUAGCUCACAACUUCAGCAGGCUCUUCAGCAUCGAGAACUGGGGAGGUGCCACCUUCGAUGUUGCCAUGCGCUUCCUGUACGAGUGCCCCUGGCAGCGGCUGCAGGAGCUGCGAGAGCUCAUCCCCAAUGUCCCAUUCCAGAUGCUGCUGAGGGGGGCGAAUGCGGUGGGCUACACCAAUUACCCAGAUAACUCUGUCUUCAAGUUCUGCGAGAUGGCCAGAGAGAAUGGGAUGGACAUCUUCCGUGUCUUUGACUCCCUCAAUUACCUCCCUAACAUGCUGCUGGGGAUGGAGGCAGCUGGACAGGCUGGGGGCGUGGUGGAGGCUGCGAUCUCCUACACGGGGGAUGUGGCUGACCCCAGCCGGACCAAGUACACCUUGGAUUACUACCUUAGCCUUGCGGAGCAGCUGGUCAAAGCCGGGACUCACAUCUUGGCCAUCAAG